AUGUCCAUCUUCCAGAUCUCUUCUCACAACUUGGACAAGCCAAACCGACUGAGCAUGGCGCAAACUCGUGCUCCGAUGAAGAAUAGACAGAAGUCCAGGAGCGGUUGUCGGACGUGCAAGAUCAGACGCAAAGGGUUCGAAUGUCCUGGCUAUCAGCAGCGUCUGCAGUGGUCUACCAAGCACGAAGUUGCUCUUCCAGCCAAGCCUCUUGAGCCAGAGAAUUUUACACAACUUGUCACCGCCGCAUCCGCCUCCAUUGCCCCAUCCAAGGAAAAACCACCGUUGAGUGAUGUCCAGAAUCAUCCCAGGCCUACUACCAAAGCGCCUGCUGCUCAGACACCGCCUGUAAACCAUGCAGAGACACCACCGCCAUCAGCAUCUUUCUCGACGCCAUCUAUAUUCUCUUCGCCCCUACGCUUACCCGGGACUCCUGCCGAAGAACAAGAUGGCUUAUACUCUCCGAUCACUACACAAUGCUCUCAAGACAACCGUACCUAUUCCCAAUCCAGUCAAACCUUGGCUCUCACCCAACCAGUCGUGGACAUCCGCUCCUUCCUCAUCGAACACUGGUUCAAAUCCGUUUGCACCUCUUGGUCCGCCUACGACUCCGCCUCUAACCCUUACCGCCGUCUAACCUCCGUCCUCUGGAACUCCUCUCCGCCCGUUUUCUACGCUCUGCAAAGCAUAUCCGCUGCAUCUCUAGUUGAAAAGCUUCCGGCCGUUAUGCGCGAGACAGCCCGCAUGGCGCCCCGUCUCGCAACCGAGGCCAUCAAAGCCGAGCUCGUCAGCUUCUUCAACGGCCAGCACUGCGCCGUAUUUCCGCGUGGCCUUUUGCUUUCGCUCUUCUGCAUGAGCUCGUCCAUGUGCUGGAUGGAAGCCCGGCAGCUGGGACAGCAAUAUCUCCGGCAAGCUCGGGGCGUCCUGCAAGCCCUGAACAGCUGGACGUUGAGUCCUGAAGACCAGGAACUGCUUGAUUUCUUCAACGGCUGCCUCAUCUACGAAGAGAUGCUGCGUAGCGUGGUAAGUGACGACGAGGACGACUUCCGAAACAUGCUCAGCUGGCCGGACCCGCCUCUACCCACGGGCCAAGGCACUCUCAUCCCGUCGACACCCCACCCCUGGACAGGCGUCUCAGCGGACGUGUUUCGAUUAUUUGGCAAAGCCAUCGCGCUGUGUCGACGCUCGCGCAGUCGAUGGCGACAUAACGACGGGACGACGAUGCGGGUCCUGCAGAGCGCAAUGAAAGAUAUCGAAGAAGCUACCCGCAUCGAAGAGGCGCUGUUGGCUAUUGACGUACCCGCCGACGGCGACGGCGACGACCACGGCGAUCCUACCUCUACAGAUCUAACCCGUAACGGCAGACACACCGAUAACACCACCACUACCCCCAAAUAUAACACAAGACCUCUGCCUCGCCACCGAGACCUACCGCCUUUGUUCGCUCCUGCAACUCUAUGA